AUGUCAGAUUUCAAAAGAAUUGUCAUAUUUGACAACUGCAAAAUUGAUGUUAAUCACCCCAAUUAACUAACUUAAUUAAAACAGUGUGUACUAAUUUGAGUUUCCGUAUUCCGUAUAUAAAUAUUAUGAAAUAGUCCCAAUUGCUUUCACCUUCGUGAAAAUCCCAGCGCUAAUCUUAGUACUUCGUCUUCCCCAUGACAUAAUUUCUUGGCACGGUGCAAAGAAGUCCGAAUGCUAGAUGCCGCCUUCGCGGCAAAAACACAAGGGGCUGUGCGAUGCUCAGCUUGGGUUUAGAAAAAGAAAUAGGAGCUUGGGAUUCAGUACUUCUUGAACCACUCACUGAAGAUAAUUUCAUCAGUAACUUAUUACAGAGAUUCAAAAGAGACCACAUAUAUACUUACAUUGGAAAUGUUUUAAUUUCUAUAAAUCCCUACAAAAAAUUGGCUCUGUAUUCCACAGAUCUUGUUGAGACCUAUGUUAAACGUGGGCCCUUUCAACUACCUCCUCACAUAUACGCGGUAGCAGCCUCAGCCUAUAGAUGGCUAACUGAUAGAAAUGAGGACCAAUUUAUCAUAGUAACAGGAGAGAGCGGAUCUGGUAAAACAGAAGCAGCUAGGAUCGUGCUCCAAUUUUUAGUUCUUGUUUCUGGAGAAACUCCAGAGGUGAAACUCAUAAAAGAUAGACUAGUACAAGCAAACACCCUAUUGGAAGCAUUUGGAAAUGCACGAACUAUGAGAAAUGAUAAUGCUUCUAGAUUUGGAAAAUUCUUGGAUAUUGAGUUCGACUACAAGGGUGAUCCUGUUGGUGGUUAUUUAACACAUUAUUAUUUGGAUAAGGCACGAGUUACAAACUUGAAUGCGGGUGAUAGGAAUUUUCAUAUAUUUUAUCAGCUGCUCUCAGGAUCAGAUAUUCAUUUAUUGAAGAGUUUGAAGCUACAGAGAAAUGUGGAGCACUACCGGAUUCUGCAGAUUGACAGUUAUCAUUCCACCCAGUCAGACGAAGAAGAUAGAAAGUUGUUUAUAUAUACUAAAAGUGCAUUAAAUAUUUUGGGCUUUUCCAAUGAAAAAGUCGUCGAUAUAUUUAGAAUAAUUGCAGUAAUACUUAAAUUAGGUAAUCUUCAAUUUGUGCCUUGUAAUAACAUAGACGGUACGGAUGGAUGUGUUAUUUGCAAUGAAUAUGAACUUUUUGAGAUCUGUGACCUUUUGGGUGCGGAACACAGAUGGUUACAUCGAGCCUUGACAACGCGGCAGAUAGAAAAUGGAAUACUGGCAGAUUUGAACGUGUGCGAAGCAUCAAAACUUAGGGAUGUUUUAUGUAGAACACUUUACAGCCGCACUUUCUCAUGGCUUAUCAAUAAGAUUAACGAAUUGUUGAAGAUUAGGUGUUCAAAACGAAAGAAUUUAGGAGUCUUAGACCUCUACGGUUUUGAAUUCUUCGAUACCAACAGAUUUGAGCAGUUCAUGAUCAAUUAUUGCAAUGAAAAACUACAUCAUUUCGUUAUUUCUGCAACUUUGAAGGAUGAACAAGAAGAAAUAAUUAGGGAGGGUCUAGAAUGGUCCAGAAUAGAGUAUUUUAAUAAUGUAGUAAUAUGUCAAUUAUUAGAAAACGAAAGUCACGGCAUAUUGACUUUAUUAGACGAACCUAAUGUAGCAAGUGAUUCGGUAUACCUCACAAGGGUUGAACAAUGUUGUAGUGGACAUUCGCACUGUUUAACAUCGGAUACAUCACUGCCAAUAAAUAGUUUUCAAAUCAGACAUUUCGCGGGAACUGUUACGUACAGUGUGCGCGAUUUUGUUCAGAAGAACACGGACUUUUUACCGAGGGAACUAUCCCGAGCUAUGUUCCGUUGUGAUCAUCCCUUGAUGCCACAUCUAUUUCCCGAGGGCAAUCCCAAACGUUGCACCGUCAAACGACCCCUUUCCAAAUCGGCCCAAUUGAGGAUAUCCCUCAAUUCUUUACUCAAGGGCUUGUCGAUGAGGCAGAGUCACUAUAUUCGUUGUUUGAAGCCGAACGAGUUGAAGAUUCCUAGGAAAUUCGAAGUGGGGCUGAUACAGCACCAGGUUAGAUACUUGAACUUAAUAGCGACAGUUCAAGUAUGGAGGGCGGGAUAUUGUUACAAGCUUUCAUAUCCACAAUUUCUGGGUCGGUACAAGAUGGUAUGUCCUAGUACCUGGCCGAGAUGGCGAGGUUCACCCAUCGAGGGGGUUUCGGUGAUUCUUCGAUCGCUUCCAAUACCAAGCGCAGAAUUUACCUACGGCAGGACCAAACUGUUUGUGAGAAGCCCCAGGACGGUUUUCGAGCUCGAAGAUUUUCGUAGGGAGAGACUGCACGACCUGGCGCUCCUGGUGCAGAAGUGUUGGAGAGGUUAUAAGGAAUACAAAAGGUAUCGGAGGAUGAAGCACAGCCAAAUGGUCAUCGCGUCUGCUUGGAGGAGUUGGAAAGAAUUGAAAUAUGGUGUACCAUUUAAAGGCCGUAAAUUAUGGUGUUUAUAUAGAGCGGCAAGGGAACAGUUUUUACUACUGAAAGAACGCAAAGAGAGGGAAUGGGCAGCUACCUUGAUCCAGAGACACUAUAUACAAUGGAAAAGGCGGCAGUACUUGUUUUCCCUGGCCGAGUCGCUCUCUCCAGAAGCCUGUUCGCCAAUAAACCGCGACUGGCCGUCCUGCCAUCCCAAAUUGGCGGAAUGUAACGAGCUCCUGAGGAGGAUACAUCAUCGCUGGAGAUGCCACAAGUUCCGGCUCAAGUUCGACCAGACCUCCAGGAAUAGAAUGAGGGAGAAAGUGACGGCCAGUUUCAUUUUUAGAGAUAGAAAAUGUUCAUAUCCGAGAAGUGUAUCUCAUCCGUUCGUUGGGGAUUAUGUUAGGUUAAGGCAGAAUAUCCAGUGGAAGAAGAUGAGCAUAGAAAGCAAUGAUCAGUACGUUGUUUUCGCUGAUAUAAUAAAUAAGAUCGCACGAACUAGUGGAAAGUUUGUUCCAAUUCUCCUAGUAGUUUCAACCAGAUCCAUGUUGAUACUGGACCAGAGAACUUUACAAAUAAAAUAUCGUGUACCUGCUACAGAAAUUUACAAGAUGUCCUUGUCCCCUUACUUGGACGACGUCGCUGUUGUUCAUGUAAAAUCGGCUUUCGAAAGCUACGACGAAGCCUCCAGCUCACUGUCCGACACCACCGGUUGUCUUUUUCAGAGCGACUUAAAGAAAAAAGGGGACUUUGUUUUUCAAACUGGGCAUGUCAUUGAGAUUGUCACAAAACUAUUUUUGGUUGUUCAAAAUGCUACCGGUAAACCGCCUGAAGUAAACAUAGCUACAGAGUUUGAGGCGAAUUUCGGUUCCCAACUGGUGACUUUUGCUUUCAAAUGUGUGGGUCUACCGGAGGUACAACCAGGACAAAUGAGGGUUCUAAGGAAAGCAAACAAAAUGGAGAUUUUGAUGUGACACAUGCCAAACAUAUCUUCGAGUCUAGUGUAUCAAGUACUGCCAUUAGGAACAUUUAUUGAAUUGCACAAUAAUCAUGAAGUAUCCCAUCGAAUAUUUCCAAUCAACUUCACUUUAAGUUUCUCAAUCAAGAUUAUGUGAACAUGUUUCAACUGGUGUUGUGUUUGGUACUAUAUAACGUCUUAAAUGAUUGUAAGUAGUAAAUAUUUUUCCUCCCGUUAUGGAGGUAUAUGUCCACUGGAUCUGGGAUUUCCGUUUUCAUUUUGUCGUGUUUGUAUAUUGCCAUUUUUCAUUUUCGAGCUGGAUGAAAAGUAAAACGAGGAAUAAUAUUGGGACCUCAUUGGAGUUUUUGUAAUGGUUCAUGAGUUAUUUCCAUAUUGAGAGCAAAUGUGCCAAUGUAUAAAUAGUGCCACAUUAUAAAUAGUACCUAUCACUUGAGACGUUAAUAUUUUAUGAAAAUAGUGUAAAAUAGUAUUUUUAAUCACAUGUAUAUUUUUUAUUGAAACACCUCUCUUGUCAUGGGAUUAAUAUAGAAGAAAAUAGAAAAAUUGUUACUAUCUGAA